AUGCCUUUCGAAAUACUCUCUGUUGACACAUCCGUGUUACCAACCGAUGUUCUUUCACUUUAUGAUGAUAGUUUUUAUCGGCUGGUCGAAAUAAUAGCAGGGCCAGCCGAAGCAAAGUUGUUAGAAGCCCAAGGCAUUCGAAGUGUGUAUUCUUUUCUUAAUACUGAAGAUGUAUUCCAUGUUCUUUUUAUUCAAUGUUCUGCUCUAAACAACAUUAAAAAGUCAAUCUGUCUCAAAGGUGAUGAUAAUACAUUUACAGUUAAACCAGGCUGUCGAAGUAACAUCCGAUAUUUAUAUCAACUUCUCUCCCAAAAACACGAAGAACAUUUGAAAAAAAUUACACAUAAAUCUAAAGGAAAUAAACAAUCACAAUUACCCCAAAAUAAUGAUACAACUACAAAUCUUUCGCAAGAUCCAUCUGAAACUGCUCCAACAUCUGCUACUCAUCAACAGUAUACAGGAACAUUAGGUUAG